AUGCCGGAACCCUGGAAGAGGCUGACUGGGGCUGCUGGGCCAGACAAGAAGGGGCCAUCAGGAAAAUGUACCAAAACUGAGAACCCAGAUGAGGCAUCAGCUAAAAUGGAGAACUCUAGCCUUCAGAAGUCUUCAGCCUCUAAGAGUUGUGGAAAAAAUCCAAGCAGCCACUGGCUAAUGAAGUCAGAGCCAGAGAGCCAACUAGAGAAAGGUGUAGAUGUGAAGUUUGGCACUGAGGAUCUCAAAGCACAGCCAAAUCAGACAGCAUGCUGGGAUACUGUUCACAGCUACCAGGCCCGGAACUUCCUUAGAGCCAUGAAGCUGGAGGAAGAGGCCUUCUUCUACCAUAGCAAUUGCAAAGAGCCAGGCAUCACGGGGCUUAUGAAGAUUGUGAAGGAAGCCUACCCAGACCACACGCAGUUUGAGAAAAACAAUCCCCAUUAUGACCCAUCUAGCAAAAAGGACAACCCCAAAUGGUCUAUGAAGAGUUUGAUUUUAUUUUGA